UUGAUUUCAGUGAUGGCUACCGCCGUUCGCUAACACACCCUCCUGUGCCUGAUACUGCGGAACGAUCGGCUCUGCGUGGUAUUUAAUAGUGAAAUAAAACGGAAUCAAGCCGAUGAGAAAAGUACAAAAGUUACUACUAAUCAAAAUAUGGAAGUGAAAUAACGAAGACCUGCCGUCUGGGAACAAAUCGCACACCUACACCUGGCCAUUACUUAAAACUCGCCGAUUAUCAUACUGGGGGUCCAUUAGUCCCAGCCGGCGAAGAACCGGAUCUCCUGGUUCUCCUUCCGAUUCAUUUUCCACGCACACACGGCAACCGGAUACUCCGAUCAAGAGGCAAUGGCAGGCCUGCUAAACUCGACAACGAAUUUAUUUCACGACGCUUAUGACUACUAUCUGUGGACGCUUUCGCUGGCAGAUGACAGAACGCGAGGAUGGAUGCUGGUCGAUUCGCCAGCGCCGACGCUGCUCUACACCGUGUUGUACCUUGGAAUAGUUUGGGCUGGACCAAAGAUCAUGCGGAGCAGACGAGCCUUCAAGCUCACCUGGGCCCUCGUUCCCUACAACUUGGCGAUGGCCUGCCUCAACGCUUACAUCGCCAUAGAAUUAUUCGUGGCCUCGACCAGGUUACGGUAUAGUUACGUGUGCCAGCCGAUCAGACACAUCACUAGGCCAGAUGAAAUUCAGAUUGCGAACGCGGUUUGGUGGUACUACUUCAGCAAGCUACUCGAGUUCUGCGAUACGUUCUUCUUCAUUCUUAGAAAGAAGGAUAAUCAGCUCAGCUUUCUUCACGUUUAUCAUCAUUCCACCAUGUUCUCCUUGUGGUGGAUUGGGAUCAAGUGGGUGCCGAGUGGGUCCACAUUCCUUCCGGCAAUGGUGAACAGCUUCAUUCACGUCCUGAUGUAUUCCUAUUACGGACUUGCCGCUCUCGGUCCGUCGAUAGCGAAAUUUUUGUGGUGGAAGAAGUACCUCACGAUCCUGCAAUUGAUCCAGUUCACGGCAGCCCUGGUCCUUGGUAUAAAUGGGAUUCGUUCAGGGUGCGAUUUCCCGCUGUGGAUGCAGUACGCUUUGGUGUUGUACAUGGUCUCGUUCAUAGUGCUCUUUGGAAACUUCUACGCGAAGGCCUACAUAGCCAAGGGCAAACGAGCCUAUGCUGCUAAGAUGGCGGCCAACGGUAAAGCGGUGCAGGAAAAAUUAGCCGUGGAAACUUCGACGUCUGCGGAGAGCAUAGCAAACGGUAAAUUACAGAGGAACGGGUACAAGAACGGUUACGCAAAUGGAACGACGAAAAAACUACAGUGAGUGGAAGGCAGGGCACGCUGUAACUACAAAGCCUCUUAAUCCAUUGACGUGAACAGCCCGAUACAGAAACGAAAUAGCGAAAAUCAGCAGAACACAGCAACUACUCGGUUCUGAACCAGGAAAUUUUCUGGUUGGUGCAGGGGGAUGGACUGUUCAUGCAAAGUGGAGAACGAGGCACUUUAGUUUAAGGACGAUAAGGUUUAGCUGCGGUUUACCACGAAGAUGGCCAUUGGCUUCCGGCGUGAUUUUUCACAAGCCGAAAAACGUGGCCAUCUUUUAGUUAGUAUUUGUACAGAAACUAUGAAACCUCUUUUUAUAUAUUAUGACAUACCUACUUUAACAUGCAACCUCUGCAGCAUGGCUGUGAAACGGUCGCAAUUAGCAAAUAGUUAUAUAUUAUUUGGACGAUAGAAAGGUUUUCGCUGAAGUGCGGGACGACAAGGAACAAAUUCCUUCAACAAGCCAACAUCCGUUUCCCUUGACCUGGAUGACUCUCAUGCAGAAAAACAGACACGAAUAGGUCCACAGAGGGAUUCUCUUU